AUGGCUGUGAACCGUCCAGAUUUUACGCUGCCCACUACCCCGCUAGGGUUUGGCAAAAGAACAUUGCCAUCUUUCAAUCAGUUCGUUUCGACACUGGAAGGCAUGGAUCCAGCGCGACGACCCUUUGCGCCAUCAAAUGAACUUCCGUCAACUCUCUCGGAGACCUUAAGUCAAGUACCACAAGCACGUCCACACGAGCGGUGCGACUUGUCCAACAUCCUCAAUGGCACCAAAGUUGAGCUCAGCCCUUCAGCUUCUGCAUCCCAUAUUGGUCUUUUCGCACCAGGGCCAUCGAUGCAGUCACCACAAGAUGUACACGAGUCUCAGCCAGGCCACCCUCCCAAUACGAAGGCGUUGCAACCUCGGGGAAGCAUUCCUCCACCUCUUCCAGCUUCAUCGAUUACGCUCCCGGUCAGCACUGGCCAGCAAGACCUCACACUCGCCGGCAAACCACGCAAACGGUCGACUCAAGCAUGCCAUCGAUGCCGGGAAAUGAAGAUUAAAUGCCGCCUGCAGAAUUCUGGAUGUGCGACCUGCAGGCGCCAUCAGCUCGAGUGCAGGUUUGAAACCAACACUACAGGAGUACGCCGACGGCGGUCGAGAAAGGUCACUAAAUCAGUUGCAGAGACUGCAACAGAGAGUGACCGGCCCACGAAACGACUGCGCCGCGAUGAAGGCAUCCCUUGCGAAAUACCCCGGUUGGUCAGUCCUGGCGUCCGUCGUUCUUCAGAAAACACCAAGCCUGUUGAGCAUGCAUCCUCGUUCUCACCUUCAUACUUCCAGCAGCCUCCGUCUGGCCAGUCUCAUCAUCCCGUCACAGCGGAUUUUCCACCCACACCACCCACCGACCACCGCGACCCAUAUCAAUACCUCUCACCCUCUCAGCCACCCUUCAACGCCAACCAAAGUAACAGCAACAGCAGCAGCAACAGCAGUGUACGCCCCGACUCAAGCUCCACCUGCAUUUUCAGCCCCGUCUCUACAUCUAGCACCAACACGACCAUCUCGACCAAAGUUACCUCAUCAACCCUGCCCGACCUCUCGCUAGACAUUGAUCCUUUCACCGCAACACCCGAUCUAAGCCAUGUCACACUCCGCGCCUUCUACUCCAUGACAGCUGAGCGCCUUGGCCCGCUACACAUGCCCUCACAUCGAGAAUCGUGCGCGGCUUGGCGCAAAAAAAGCCCGAACGAGCGCAUGUUGGUGUAUGCGAUGCUGGCUGUGGGGGCUGACGCUGCUAACGGUGGAGGCGAGCUGGAGAAUUACAGUGGGUGGCGGAAGGUGGAGGGCGACAAUAGAAGAGCGGAAGAUGAGGCAAAGGAGACGCGCCGUCGCUUUGGAUGGCGGUGUAGGCAGUUGGCGGAGAGGGCAUUGGCACGAGUGACGUAUCGAUUUGAAAGGGCAGUGGUGCAAACGCAGUUGGUGUUGAAGAGCUUUGAGUCCGAUGAAGGUACUGGCGGUGGCGCUGGUGGUGAUGAUACUGCUGCUGGUCCUGGAUUCGGUUGGAGCGACAAAAACGACGUAUGA